UCAACCCAAAUAUCUAUAAUCUUCUUGCAGCUCUUAUUUAUUUUUGUGCUAUAUUAAUGCAUCAUCUCCCGGAGCCUUGCUUCUUAAUCCAAGCAUAGCAGAGUGUCAUUGAGGCAUCCGUCCAACUAGCCCAAGGUGAGAGCUUUUAUUUCAUGACUAUGGGGAGUGUUCAAAUGUGUAUCUUUAGUUUUGAAAGAAAUGGAAUUUACACCUCAGUUUAUAGUCAGAAACCAUUUUCUCCAAGUGGGUUCAUGAAUUGUUGGAGACCAACUUGUGGGGUUGCUUUAUGGUCAAAGAAUUCAAGCAACAUGAAACGGAGGUUUGCUCUAAGAGUGGUUAAUUCCGGUGGAGGGGUUCUUGAGAAAGAGUUCGAAUUUAAGCCGUCUUUUGAUGAGUAUUUGAAGACUAUGGAGUCUGUUAGGGAGAAGAAGCAAUCUAUGGAGUCUGUUAGGGAGAAGAAGCAAUCUUUUGAUUCAAACAGAGGCAAUUCCAGUGAAAGAUUAAAUAGAGGCAAGUUAAAGGAUGAUUCAAAGGAGAAGCAAUCUAUGGAGUCUGUUAGGGAGAAGAACCAAUCUUUUAAAUCAAACAGAGGCAAUUCCAGUGAAAGAUUAAAUAGAGGCAAGUCGAAGGAUGAUUCAAAGAGAAAUUUUGGGGAGGAGAAAAAAAUGUCCAAAAUUGUUGAACACAAUGAAGUAAAAAUGAAGAGUAAAGGAGCUACCAGAACUAGAAGCCAAAAGGCAUUGCUUCUAAAAGGUGAAGAUGCUGAUUUGAAGGUGAAGGAGAGAGAUGAGUACAAGAAUUUUGAAGAACCCAGUGAUGAAGUAGAUAAGCCACAAGUUUCACGAAUGGGAAUAGAAGAGAGAAGAAAAAGGUUAGCCAAGUUAGACAAAUAUGAUUCAAAAUUUAAAAGUGAUAAAGAGAAUGUGAAGUUGGUGAAGUUUGGGGAGUUUCCAGAGGAAGUCAAGAUGUCCAAAAUGGGUAAAUACAAUGAAGUAAACACGAAUUUCGAAGGAGUUAGAAGAAAUAGAAGUAGAAAGGCAUUUCUUGAAGAAGAUAAAGAUAAGGAUUUGAAGAUAGAAAGAGCUGCCUUCAAGAACUUUGAACAAUCCAAUGAUAUUGUUGAUAAACCACCAAUUUCAAAGAUGGAAAUGGAGGAGAGAGUUCUAAAAUUAGCAAAGUCGUUGAAUGGUGCAGACAUUGAUAUGCCUGAGUGGAUGUUUUCUAAGAUGAUGCAGAGUGCAAAAAUAAAAUUUACAGACUAUUGGAUAUUAAGGGUGAUCCAGAUAUUGGGUAAACUAGGGAAUUGGAGGAUGGUACUUCAAGUCAUCGAGUGGCUUGAAAAGCGUGAGCGCUUCAAAUCUCACAAGCUCAGACAUAUUUACACAGCUGCACUUAAUGCACUCGGGAAAGCAAGGAGACCUGUGGAAGCUCUUAACAUAUUCCAUUCAAUGCAGCAACAAAUGGCUUCAUAUCCUGAUAUAGUCGCUUAUCAUUCCAUUGCUGUCACACUUGGGCAAGCUGGCCAUUUGAGGGAACUCUUUGAUGUUAUUGAUAGCAUGGGAUCUCCUCCCAAGAAGAAAUUCAAGACAGGGCCUCUUGGAAAGUGGGACCCAAGAUUAGAGCCUGAUAUUGUGGUUUACAAUGCGGUCCUAAAUGCUUGUGCUAGGCGGAAAGAGUGGGAGGGAGCAUUUUGGGUUUUGCAGCAGCUAAAGCAACAACAUUUACAACCUUCCACUUCAACAUAUGGACUUGUAAUGGAGGUGAUGUUUGAAUGUGGCAAAUACAACUUGGUUCAUGAGUUUUUCAGGAAAAUUGAGAAAUCUUCUAUUCCAAAUGCUUUGACAUAUAGAGUUCUUGUAAAUACCCUUUGGAAGGAGGGUAAGAUACAUGAGGCUGUAUUGGCUGUUCAAGGUAUGGAAAAACGAGGAAUUGUAGGUUCUGCUGCUCUAUAUUACGACCUUGCUCGCUGUCUUUGUAGUGCUGGAAGGUGCCAGGAAGCACUGAUGCAGAUUGAGAAAAUAUGCAAGGUUGCUAAUAAACCUCUGGUGGUAACUUAUACUGGUUUAAUUCAAGCAUGUCUAGACUCUGGAAACAUUCAAAAUGGAGCAUACAUCUUCAAUCAAAUGCAAAAUUUUUGUUCUCCAAAUCUUGUCACUUGCAAUAUCAUGCUAAAAGCUUAUCUGGAUCAUGGAUUAUUUGAUCAAGCCAAAGAUCUCUUCCAGAAAAUAUCAGAAGAUGCAAAUCAAGCCAACAGUAAAUCUGAUUAUUUGCAUCGAGUGAUACCUGAUAUUUAUACAUUCAAUAUCAUGUUAGAUGCAUGCAUUCAACACAGGAGGUGGGAUGAGUUUGAGCAUGUCUAUGGAAGGAUGUUGCAUCAUGGAUUUCACUUCAAUGCAAAACGUCAUCUCCGCAUGAUACUGGAUGCAGCCAGAGGUGGAAAGAAGGAGCUAUUGGAAACAACUUGGGAGCACAUGGCAAGGAUUGGUAGGACCCCUCCUCUGCCUCUGAUCAAAGAAAGGUUUUGCAUGAAGCUGGAGAAAAAUGACUACGUUUCUGCUGUUUCAUGUAUUAUCAUCCAUCCUUCGAGUGAGUUACAGGGAUUCUCCGAGUCAGCGUGGUUUAACUUAUUCAAGAACAAUGCCUCUCGUUUCCAGCAGGAAAUGAUUGUUGGAUUAGUUGAUGAGGUGGAGAAGAUUCUCGGCAGAACUGACUCGCCAAACCCAGUUCUGCGGAAUCUUUUAACAUCUUCUAAAGAAUUUUUGAGUACUCAUCUGAUAUCUGCUGACAUCAAUCUCACAGAAACUGUUUGUACGGUUGAAUGUAGUAACAAUUUUUUAAAAUCUUGAUCAAGUAUGCCUUUUUUUUAUUUUAUUUUUUGAUUGUUAUACCAGUACUAAUUUCAUUAUUUUUCGAUUUAUAUGGCUUCUUAUUGACAUUUGAAGAAAUCAAUAUAAAUGCAAGACAUGAGGGAAAGAAUGUAUUAAUGUUGUGAUAUGUUUUAAGAAAAUAAAAUUUUACUAGUGAUUUAAGAAUUUCAAAAUAAUCAAUACUUUCAUGUAUAUAAUUUCAUAACUUUCGCAGACAGGACAAUUUGAUAAG